UUUAUAGUCUUCUCGACUCUUUCACGAAUUUGUUGCUUUCCUUUAGGGAGACGAACUCCCUAUCCUGCGACGCUCGAUGAAUUCUGCGGGGAGAGUCAUUUUGUUUUUUCUUUUUAUUGUCCUGAUAACACAAGAUUGUUUCUCAUCUAAGGGAGAAGAUAGGCUGUUUCGUCGUUUAUUCAGGAGGUAUAAUCAGUUCAUUCGCCCAGUGGAAAAUGUGUCUGACCCUGUCACCGUGGAGUUUGAGGUCUCCAUCUCACAGCUUGUUAAAGUGGACGAAGUCAAUCAAAUCAUGGAGACCAAUCUAUGGCUGAGACAUAUAUGGAAUGACUACAAGCUGAAGUGGUCACCAGCAGAGUUUGAUGGAAUAGAGUUCAUCAGAGUCCCAUCAAAUAAAAUCUGGAGGCCAGACAUCGUACUUUACAACAAUGCUGUUGGGGACUUCUUGGUGGAGGAUAAAACCAAAGCUCUUUUGAAAUAUGAUGGAACAAUCACUUGGGUCCCUCCUGCAAUCUUCAAAUCCUCCUGCCCUAUGGACAUCACUUACUUCCCUUUUGACUAUCAGAACUGCUCUAUGAAGUUUGGUUCCUGGACUUACGACAAAGCCAAGAUUGACCUAGUUCUCAUCGGCUCAAAGGUCAACCUGAAAGACUUCUGGGAGAGUGGAGAAUGGGAGAUCAUUGAUGCACCAGGUUAUAAACAUGACAUCAAGUACAACUGCUGUGAGGAGAUCUACCCAGACAUUACCUACAGUUUCUACAUACGCCGACUGCCCCUCUUCUACACAAUCAACUUAAUCAUCCCCUGCCUCCUUAUCUCCUUCCUGACCAUACUCGUCUUCUACCUUCCAUCAGACUGUGGCGAGAAAGUGACAUUGUGCAUUUCUGUACUCCUCUCUCUCACUGUGUUCCUCCUUGUCAUUACAGAAACCAUCCCAUCCACCUCACUCGUGAUCCCUCUGAUUGGCGAGUACCUUCUCUUCACUAUGAUUUUCGUCACCCUCUCCAUUGUCAUUACAGUCUUUGUACUGAAUGUGCACUAUCGCACCCCUAUGACCCACACCAUGCCCUGCUGGGUUCGUACUGUCUUCCUUCAAGCUUUACCCCGUAUCAUGCUUAUGCGUCGGCCUCUCGACCUGUCGGAAGGAGGGGAGGGAAAGAAGAGGAAAAAUAGUGGAUCCCAGCAGGGAGCAAUGAACUCUUUGGAGUUUGGAGAGGGAAAAGCAGUACUAGAGGGAAAGAAAGGGGGAUGCCCAUGUCACCCAAUGAAAGAGGCACCUGAGGGGGAUUGUGGGAAAGCCAGCCGUCAGUUGAGUCCGCAGGCCAUCAACACAGUUGUAGCUUUCUCGGUCAUGUCACCGGAGAUCAAACAGGCCAUUGAGAGUGUGAAGUACAUUGCUGAGAACAUGAGGAGCCGCAACAAAGCCAAAGAGGUGGAGGAUGAUUGGAAGUAUGUUGCUAUGGUGAUUGACCGCAUCUUCCUGUGGGUCUUUGUGCUGGUGUGUGUGCUUGGGACUUUGGGCCUCUUUCUACAACCUCUCAUUGGCUUCCUCUCAUAACUGACAAUGAAACACAGAUGUCAGCCUACAGUACCUGUUCCAACCAA